AUGGUUACGCGCAAGCGAAAGCAAGAAGCUGUCGAGGAGGAGGAAUUGCAGGCGCUGCCUAGUGAUGAGAGCGAGGAAGAAGAGGAGUAUCAAUCCUCCGACGAAGAAGGAUCCGGCGGAGAAGAAGAGUCGGAGGAAGAGCCUAGCGAGGCAGAGAGUGAGGAAUAUGUAGAGGAAGGGGACGGCGAGUCCGAAGAGAAAGAAGGAAAGGGGAAGGGUAAAGAUAGAGCUAAGCCUAAGGAGGAGAAAGGUCCUACUCCCAAGAAACGCAAGACUAGUCCUCCAGCUGCCAAGAAGCAAAAGGGCGAUGAGGAUACCGGAGAGAAAGAAGCCCCAACCGGAGAAGAAGAGGAGGAAGCUGAGGACGAAGGCGAGGAGAAACCCGAGGAGACGGCUGAGAACAGCGGGCCUGCUGCAUCUGCGGCUAAGGCUAAGGGUGAUAAGGUUCCUAAGGAGUCGGAUUUACCAGAAGCAGAGCCUGAGGGGGAGGGGGAAGAGAAGGAGUAA